ACAGACAGACAGAAAGACAGGCAGGUAGUCAGUCAGCCAGUCAGUCCGACACUCGUCUUGGGGCAGAAGUAAGUUAAGUGGUGAUGGUGACAUACCCCCCCACCACUCCCACUCCACUUCCACCCCAUCCCCAUGACCAGCCCGAUCGAGGUGGGCGCGUGCGUGCCCGGUUGUCUCAGCGCCGGCCCGCAUACGCAUCUAUCCGCUCGCACAUAUGCGCAUGCGCGCACACCCACCCCACCCACCCACUCACUCACCGAGCGGGCCAGACGACGCCCUUCGUUUCCCUUUGCCUUUUCCCUUUUCCCUUUCCUUCUUUUCUUUCUCGCGACUCCUUUCUUCGCUCCCACACACCACGAUGCCAAAGCACCCAGCCAACCAUUUCUUCCAAGAACCAUCACCCAAAACACACCGCCUCUGCACGCGUGCCCUUCCCCUCCACCCUCCACCACCAAGCACCACACGCUUCCCUCCUUCUUUCGCCCUGUCUCCUUCCAUCCCUGCGCGCACCCGCACACACACACAUCCAUCCAUCCAUUCCAAACCGAUAGGUGUAGGUAUGCACACAUACACACACACAAGCAUAAAGGAGCAAAAGGAAAAAAAGGAAGGAACGAACAAACAAAGAACAAGCAAGAAAGCGAUCGAUCACCCGCGCGCCCCGACCCAGCGCCCCGGGCCGGUCCGCCAGGCCGCCGUCAUAGUCGCACCAGUGCUGUGGAAAAGCUUGGUCCCCGCGAUUGUGGGGUGCAGCGGAUGACGCACGCGCCGGGGCGGGCACCGCGGGCGAAAGCGGCGCCGGGCCGCUCGCUCCUGCUCCUGCUCCCACUUUUUCCUUCCUUCCAUGACUGACCGGGGUGGGUGGAGAGGUGCUGAGGCAGGUACCCCGAUAAGCUGCGCCCUGCCCUGUGGUUGGGUGGGUGCCGAUACCCGGAUUCGUAGGGCGCGCCUGCCUGCCUACCCGCUCGCUUAUCUGCCGCCCGCGCACCCCUUGCGUCGCGCCGACCCAGAACGAGGAGGAGAUGGGGCGUCCCGCGC